AUGGACUUUAGCUCCUCAAUUAUCUCACUCUUCCUACAUUUUCUUCUUAUUAGUUCUUUGGUUUGUCCUAUUAAUUCUUCAGAAACUGUAAACCAUCAAUUAGUCAAUCAAACUAUUCGAUCAGAGCAUGAACUUCACGAAUUGAAGAAGCUGAUAACAACCCGUCUUCAACAGAUCAACAAACCAGCUAUUAAGACAAUUCAGAGUUCCGACGGUGAUACUAUUGAUUGCAUUUUGACUCACAAACAACCAGCUUUUGAUCAUCAUUUAUUGAAAGGGCAAAAACCAUUGGAUCUUCCAGAAAGAUCAAUUGGGCAUAACCAAAUAAAUAAUUUGAGUGACUUCUUUCAAUCGUGGAGUUUAUCUGGUGAAUCAUGUCCUGAUGGAACAAUUCCAAUUAGAAGAAUAACCGAAGAAGACAUAUUAAGAGUUGACUCUAUUAGCAGAUUUGGAAGAAAAGACGCCGAUCACUCUAAACAAGAACAAGCAUAUGUGUCUGUGGGAGGGGAUGGGUACACAGGAGCAAAGGCUACUAUAAACUUAUGGCGCCCCAGAACGGAAAGUCGAUAUGAAUACAGUACGGGACAAAUAUGGAUUUUCGCUGAAACCGGAGAAGCUAUUGAAGCUGGUUGGCAGGUCUUCUAUCAUCUCUAUGGAGAUACCCGUCCUAGAUUGUUUAUUUAUUGGACGGCUGAUAAUUACGAAGGAACUGGGUGCUACAAUUUAAAAUGCCCCGGCUUUGUUCAAACCAACAAGAAAAUUUUACUUGGAGGUGCACUCGAACCAACUUCUCUAUAUAACGGACAGCAAUAUGAGUUUCCCUUAAAGAUCUGGAAGGAUGAAAAGAAUGGGCAUUGGUGGCUUGAAUAUGGGAAUGGAGAUAUUAUUGGCUAUUGGCCUUCUUCCUUAUUCAAAAGAUUACAGGGUGAAGGAGAUUUUGCUCAAUUUGGUGGACAAGUUCUCAAUUUAAAUACAACUGGGUUUCAUACUUCCACCCAAAUGGGUAGUGGACAUUUUGAUUCAGGACGUUUUAAAAAAGCUGCAUAUAUUAGGAAUAUGCAAGUUGCAGUUAAUUCUGAAAACAUUUGGAUUGACCUACCAGACCCUGAAUAUGGAGCAAACAAACCAGGUUGUUAUGAUGUGAGAGGAAGGUAUAGUAGGAACUGGGGAAAUUUAAUAUUUUAUGGUGGUCCAGGAAGGAAUGCGAAUUGUCGCUAAG